AUGAAAGGUGAAAUGAAGAGGAAUGCCACGCACCUACCUCAGAAACCCCUACACCAGUAUCAGGUUUAUGAGGAAGUCAAGGAAUUUAUGCCUGAGCAACCUAUUCAUGAAGGUGAUGAAUACAUGGUACAGAUUGGAGAAGUUCCAGACAGUUUUCUCUUACCACCUAACCAAAAACCGUUAACACUUCAAAGUGUUUUAAGACCUAAUAUGCCAAGCAAAUCUGCAGGAAAUUUUAGACUACAUUUUAGACGUCCUUUUCCUCCUGAAAUCAUUUUACGGAGGCCUCCUCCUCAUAUGAAUCAGAAAAAUAAUAAUGGAGGUUACCCAUUAUCAAUGCCAAAUCCUCAUGCCUCUCAUGGAAUGCAGAAAAAACCUUUUAAUAAAUAUUCUAACAACCGUGUACCACCUACCAUGAAUAGACAACCACUACCAAAUAUACCACCUAUGAAAUCGAUGCCCCCACUAUAUAAUAUCAAGGCUAGUCACAAUAAAGUUCCUAUGAAAUUCAAUCCAGGAACAACAAAUUUACCAAAUGGUUCUUUUCAUUCUAUAACUACAGGAAAAUUAGGACAUAAUAUUCCAACACCACCGCAAAGUCAAACUCUGAGUCUAGGAAAAACAGAUAUAAUAGCUAACCAAGUCGUGAAAAGCCAAAUAACUCUACCAGGAACUAGUGAUGCCAUUGCUCAACAUAGUGUUCCACAAAUCUUCACAGCAAAGCCACAAGGACAGGGUCAAAUUAUCUUGGGUAAGCUCGUCGAGAAUCCAAUUCCAUUAGAUCAGCAAAUGAUUCAAACAAAGCAGCAGCAAUCUAAAACACAAUAUUUACCCGAAAUUCCUCAAUCAUCAACUCCGCAAAUAAAACAUGAGCAACAUCCACCACAAAAUGAAAUUAAAUCCUCAGAUUUUAUAGGCCAGUCUUCUGAAUCUUCUACGUUACGACCAGCAGUUAAUACAGGGUUUAAACCAGAUUCUAUUGUUAUUGAAAGUGGUUUUAAGCCCAUAAUAAGAGAACCUUUAAUGGCUGGUGAAGAUCGAAUCGCUGAUUUUGGUGUAGAGAAUGCCAACAGGAGAGAAGACACUGACGUGGCAGAAGACUAUGAAGAAUCUCCACAGUAUAUUUCUAAUCACGCUUAUCCCGUCCAAAUACCAAGUGAUAAAAUUACGGAAACAUUUGAGCCUAUGUUUAUUCCAUCGCCACCUGACCAUUUACUUACUACAAACGAUAGAACAAAAGAGAUAUUUCCAACGAAUCACGCGAAAGAAGAUAGACCACAUCCUGUUUACCUAAAAACGGAAAGCGAAUUAAAUGCUUUAUUUGGUAAAAAAAAUAUGGAUAAAAAUUUAUCUUCGGACUUAGCAAUGGAGUCUGACAGAGUUAGUCCACAGUAUUUGCCUCCAGAUCCAAAAUUCCCUAAAGAACACCCACAAAAGUUAUCACUGGAGCAGACAUUUACAACUUAUGAUGGAAAAACUAUAUCAGCGGCAACAUUAACCAGUUUACCUGAUAUAAAUAAAGUGAACUUAAAACUAUUUUCUUCGAAGCUUCCAGCCAACACAGAACUACUUUUAAAGAUGCCUCAAUUUGGACCAUAUAAAGGUGAAAUUCCACCUCCAGUAGCUGAACACAUAAAAAACGACUCAAGUCAGUCAUCCCUUUUACCGUUAACGCAUCUUAAAUUGGUAAGUUCUCUAGUGCCCAAGAAAGGUAUCAAAGUAGAUGAAAUAAAAGCGGCAGGAAGUGAAACUCACGAAGUUAAAGAAAGGAAGGACAAUGAAGAUCGCAAUGAUGAAGAUAUUGAAGCGGAAGAUUUUGAUCGUGAUGAACAAGAAAGUGAUGGACUAACUCGAAAAAAGCGAGAUGUAAAAAUGGUGCAAUUCGAAAAGGACAAGGAUAAACCAUCUGAACAUUUUGAAAACGAGGAGAUUGACGAUGACGAUAUGAAAAGUUUCGUGGUAUUUGAAGCAGUUGCUGCAGCAAACAGAUCAAUACACACUUAUUGGUUAACAAAUUUAACAUUACUAUUAUUGUGUCUGAAAUUAUCCUAA